CCAGGGCCGGCGGCGGCAGCGGCGGCCCCCGUUCGAGGCCUCGGACCGCCCGUCCCUUCUCCCGCUGUCCCAGCUCCGCGAUCCCCCGGCAGAGCCUCCCCGCGCCCAUCCCCGCUCUCCUGUGAGGCGAACCCGGCGCGCGGUGCCCGCGCCGCCGCCGCCGCGCCCCAGGUGAGGGAGCGGGGGAAGAAGAAGAGCGAGCGGGGAGCAGCCGCUCCCCCGCCCUCCUCAGCGCCCCUCCGCCGCCGAGCGCCGCCGCUCCCCCUGCUUCCCUUCUCGCGCCGGAGCCGAACAGCCCCUUUCCCAAGAUGGGGUGCACGCUGAGCGCCGAGGACAAGGCGGCGGUGGAGAGGAGCAAGAUGAUCGACAGGAACCUGCGGGAGGAUGGCGAGAAGGCGGCCAGGGAGGUGAAGCUGCUGCUCUUAGGAGCUGGUGAAUCGGGGAAAAGCACAAUUGUCAAGCAGAUGAAGAUUAUCCAUGAAGCUGGUUAUUCAGAAGAAGAAUGUAAACAAUACAAAGCUGUUGUCUACAGUAACACCAUUCAGUCCAUUAUUGCUAUCAUUAGAGCAAUGGGGAGGUUGAAGAUAGACUUUGGUGAUCCAAUCAGGGCUGAUGAUGCUCGUCAGCUCUUUGUGUUGGCUGGAGCAGCAGAAGAAGGAUUUAUGACUGCAGAGCUUGCUGGAGUUAUCAAGAGACUGUGGAAAGACAGUGGAGUUCAAGCUUGUUUCAACAGAUCUCGAGAGUACCAGCUUAAUGACUCUGCUGCCUAUUACUUGAACGACUUGGACAGGAUAGCACAAACCAGCUACAUUCCAACUCAACAGGAUGUUCUCAGGACUAGAGUGAAAACCACAGGAAUAGUGGAAACUCACUUUACUUUCAAAGAUCUUCAUUUUAAAAUGUUUGAUGUUGGAGGCCAAAGAUCAGAGCGGAAGAAGUGGAUUCAUUGUUUUGAGGGUGUUACAGCAAUUAUUUUUUGUGUGGCACUGAGUGAUUAUGACUUGGUCUUGGCUGAAGAUGAGGAAAUGAAUCGGAUGCAUGAAAGCAUGAAAUUGUUUGACAGUAUCUGCAACAAUAAAUGGUUCACAGACACUUCUAUUAUUCUAUUCCUGAACAAGAAGGAUCUUUUUGAAGAAAAAAUCAAAAGAAGUCCUCUCACUAUUUGCUACCCUGAAUAUGCAGGGUCAAACACUUAUGAAGAAGCAGCUGCAUACAUUCAGUGUCAGUUUGAGGAUCUGAACAAGAGAAAAGACACAAAGGAAAUCUACACUCACUUCACUUGUGCCACAGACACAAAAAAUGUGCAGUUUGUUUUUGAUGCUGUAACUGAUGUCAUUAUUAAAAAUAACCUUAAAGACUGUGGCCUCUUCUGAGAACAGACAAGAGGUUGUUAAAUGGUUUGAAGAUCAACUUCGCACAAUUCUAAUCUGAUUCUUUUCAAGGUGAAAGAAGUACAAAAUACGUUGUGCUGAAUGAUAGAUCAGUACUGUACUUGCCUGUUUUAACAGCUUUAUUUAUGUUUGUCUUGUAAAUUUAAGUAAUUAGUUAACACUGAGAUGUCAGUUGAUUGUAUGUAAACUUACAAUUGUAGUAAUGUAUUUGUAUAAACGUUGAACGGAAUAUUUUAGUAAGUUGAUGUCCUCUAAAACAUUCCUCUAAAAUUUCCAUGUUUUCUGAAGAUACUCUUAGAGGAGACAGACACUUUUUGCCUUGGAAUUAUUUAAACAUCUUGUAAAAUUAAAUUUUCUUUUCAUCUUAAGGGUGCAUGCUGCCUUAUUCUUUACUUUCGUUGGUAAUACUGUACAUGGCGUUUGCUUUUUUGAUAUUUAAACAGCCUCAUACACCUGCUCAGACUUAAAGAAACAUAACCAAUAAAACUUGUUUUUUGCCUUAAGUUUUGAAAAAAAUCUUUUUAUAAAUUCAAGAUAAAUGCAAUUAUUUUAAAAUUUAAAUGAAAUUCACAUUUUAUGAAAUGUGGGCUUGCAGUCUUUGCAGUGGAAAUGUGGCAACACUGGGAAAUUGAAGUUUAAGGUUCAGCUAUCACAAGAGCUGAUGGAAAUGCAAAAAGGAAGUUGUUAAAACUAGUUAUAUCAAUAAAAUAUUUUUUGAAGCUGUGGUCUUUACUCAGUGGAGUGAAUGGAAAAACUACCUUUGGGGUUUUUUAAAUAGACGGUUAGCAAAGGCUGGACUUCAGAUUAAUGUCUUUUCUGUUUAUUUAAGAAGUAAAUUCAUGUUCUCCUUACACAUUUUGCUAUUUUCUGAUAAUAAAACUAGUUUGAUAAUUUAAUAACCAUAGAAAUACUGGGUUCUCCCACAGGACAUGGCAAAGUGGCUUCACAGGUUUCAGCAAUUUCCUGUUGCAUAUAAUAAGAUUCUUCAGUAUUUUGGAUAGGGUGUUUAAGUAACUUAGAAGUGCUGAUCCUUUAAUUUCCUCUUUAAUUAUUAGUAAAGUCUCACAGUUUCUUACAAUAAUAAGUUAAAGAAUAUAAUUUUCUUCUGGUUAUGCUUUCAUUAUGUGAUUUGCUAUCUUAGGUACAUAUCAUCCAUUGCCUUAUGGAUAGUGCCAAAAUUGAUUUUUUUUUUUUAUUAAUACAGAUUUUAAAAGGAAUAAGCUUCUAAUUGUAAAUAAGUUGAUGGUUGUCUUAAAUGUCUGUCAUCUAGAAAAUACGAACCUACCAAACUUGGAAAUACGAUUUUCUAUAAUGGUUAAAAUAUUUCAGGCAGCUACAGUACACCAUAAGUUCUUUGAGAAGUAAAUAAGUCUUGGAACCUGUGGCUAUUUUUCUAUAUUAUAUUAGCAUUUUUGUUCUUAGAAAUGUUCAAAAUAUUUAAGUCUCUGUUCUGUUGUUUAAUUUUUGAUUGUAUGUGUGUUUUAGUUAGGCUUCAGCUUGAGUAAAACUUACCUGCACUUCUCAUUCUUUAAUGUUUCCUUUGUUAGGUACAGAUUUGCUAAAUGUGUUUUAAAUGUAAGAUUAGAAAGGAGGUAACUUAAUGCUGGAGGUUGUUAAGUACAUUGAUGCAUUAUGAGCUCUUUCAGCAGUUAUAGUAAGCAAUCUGUAUAUCCUGGGCUGCUUUUAAUUGUGCUUUACAGUUCUGGAUAUGAUUUUAAAUCUCACUGAACUACUUUGUGGAAUUGUAUUUACACCUACGUUCAAGUUGGUUUUUGUACUUAAUGUAAAACAAAAAUUGGGAUUAAUCAAAUUAAAUAAAUCUAAAUUUUGUGCCUUGCU